GACUUUGGAAGUUAGAUUUUGGGUAUGGUUUCUUUUGGAGUUGGUUUUUUUUUUUUUUAAAGCUGCGUCCUUCGGGUGGAAGGACGGCCAUAUCACUCCCUCAUUCCGGUUGAUUACAGGGUGUGACAAAAAGAGUAAGGUUUUUUAAUUUGUUAAGCAGGUGCGCAUCAUGACCAAACAGCCGUAAACUGAUGGAUGACUAGACAUCAGAAGCUUGACCAUUUCCACACCAAACCCCCAGCCUGUGGAAGCACUAACUUAGAGGAGACCAACUAGUGCAUUCCCCAGAACUUCGAAAUAUGCAAAAUAGAGCAUGGCAGAAUCCACUGUAACCUACCUACUUGGCAAGCUCAAGAACUUUCUAGAGGAUGGGGUUCAAGUCUUGGGAGGUGCCAAGGAAGAAGUUAAUUCAGUGAAGAGACAAUUGGAGUACAUAGUGGCAUUCCUGAGGGUUGCAGAUUCCCUGGAAGAGAGUGAUGAGGAGGUCAAAGUUUGGGUGAAGCAGCUGAGAGAAAUCGCAUACGACACUGAAGACGCCCUUGAUGAGUUCAAACUUCUCCUGGCGCAUGAUCAUGGAAUUGGUUUUGCCGGUCUUCUCUCCAAGAUGUCCUGCUGUAUCAAGAACAUGAAAGGUCGAUACCGAAUUGCUUCGGAGAUGAAAUCCAUCAACUCCAGAAUCAAAAACAUCUAUGAUGGACACUGGAGAAUCCGAGACAAAUUAAAUAAAGUCGAACAUCACAAUGGCUCUAGUAAGCCAGACGACACGUGGCAGGACCAGCGAGGGAAUGCCCUUCUUUUAGACAAAGCUGAGCUCGUGGGCAUCAGUGAACCGACAAAAAAGCUGGUUGGCUGGCUGAUUGAGGGCGCUUCCCCUCGGCAAGUAAUCGCAGUCGUGGGGAUGGGAGGACUGGGGAAAACUACAUUAGUGAAGCAAGUUUACGAAGAUACAGAAGUGAAGAAACAUUUCAUGGUACGUGCUUGGAUAACUCUUUCUCAAUCUCCAAAUAUAGAAGAGAUCCUCCAAGGCAUGUUUCGACAAAUUAUGAGUGAGACUGAAGAACCAGUUCCUCUUCUAGAGGACAACAAGGACAGGUUAUGCCAGAAGAUGAUUAUCAAGGACUUCCUACAAAAAGCAAGGUACCUAAUCGUUGUAGAUGAUGUGUGGCGCAUAAAUGAAUGGGAUGCAAUCAAACAUGCAUUGCCUAACAACACCUGUGGCAGCCGAAUAAUCAUCACAUCCAGGAAUUCUGAUUUAGCCUAUACCUCAUGCGCAGAAUUUAGGGGUAAGGUUUACAAGAUGGAGCCACUGCCAGCUGAAGAGUCAUGGAAGCUUUUCUGCGUGAAGACAUUUCAGGGGAACUUGUACCCUCCUCAUCUGGAGGAGACCUGUGGGCUUAUUCUGAGAAAGUGCGAGGGAUUGCCACUUGCUAUUGUGGCCAUCAGUGGUGUUUUGGUUUCAAAAGACAUGAGAAAAAAAGAUGAAUGGGAUCUGGUUCGUCGAAGUCUUCGUACUGAAAUAGAUUGCAACGACAAAUUCAGAACCUUGAAGAGAGUCCUUUCACUUAGUUUUGAUGACCUGCCAUAUUACUUGAAGUCCUGCUUCCUGCACUUGAGCGUAUUUCCCAGGGGUUACCUCAUUAGCUGUGGGAGAUUAAUUCGAAUAUGGGUCGCAGAAGGAUUUGUAGAUGAGAAAGAAGGCAUGACAGUAGAAGAAGUUGCCCGGGACUACUUGAAUGAGCUCAUUAACAGAAGCCUGAUAGAGGUGGCCGUUAAAAGAAGAGAUGGGAGGAUCGGGUAUUGUCGUGUCCAUGAUUUUCUGCUGGAUAUUAUUACUUCAAAGUCGAGCAACCAAGGCUUUGCAGAAACAGCACUAGAAAAACAUCAUAAAAUGCCGGAUAAAGUUCGUCGCCUAUCUAUACAGAACAGCCUGCAAGCUAUACAACAGAAAAGGUCAUUGUCUCAACUACGUUCUUUACACAUGUACAUGUUUGGGGUAGAGAGAUCUUCCAUGGAUACUGUUCUAGGUAGUGAAAUGAGACUGCUCACUGUUCUGGACUUGCAAGCUGCUCCUUUGACGAGGUUCCCAGCUCAAGUUGCUGAGUGGUGCUACCUGAGAUAUCUAAGCCUCAGGUACAGCAAGGUGAGAACUGUUCCGAAUUCCAUAGGGAAGCUUCAAAACCUAGAGACCCUAGACCUUAAACACACGUAUGUCACAGAAUUGCCAAUUGCGAUCUUGAAGCUCCAACAACUUCGCCAUCUACUCGUGUAUCGUUAUUCAGACCCGCCAUACUCAUGGUGUAAAUAUGGCUUCAAGUCCCCAGAAGAAAUAGGGGCUCUUCAGUCCCUGCAAAAGCUCUGCUACAUAGAAGCAGGUGACAAGAAAAACAGCAGCUUAAUGAGAGAGCUUGGAAAGUUGAAACAAUUGAAUAGGUUAGGCAUCUUGAAGUUGAGAAAAGAAGAUGCAAGGGAACUGUGCUCGUCGAUUGAAAAAAUAACCAAGCUUCAAGCAAUAUCUCUAACUUCAGCGGAUGAAAAUGAGAUUAUUGAUCUACAACCCCUCACUUUUCCACCUCCAUUUCUCCAGAGAAUCUACUUGAAAGGACGUCUUGAGGCAUUACCACGUUGGAUAUCAUCUCUUGAUAGCCUAUUGGUAUUGCACCUGAGAUAUAGUCAGCUAAAGGAUAAUCCACUGUCGUCUCUGGGGAAUUUGCCUAAUCUUGUGAAUCUCGAGUUGGUUCAGGCUUAUGAAGGAACCAAGUUGCGAUUCAAUGCCAACGACUUUCUGAAGCUACGGUUUCUGGGCAUUGAUUCUUUUGACAAACUCAAAUGCGUGGAAGUGGAGAAGGGAUCAAUGCCUUGUCUUGAGGGGUUAAUUAUUGGGAAUUGUAAGCAAAUGGAGAAGCUUCCAUCCGGUAUUGAGCACCUUGGAAAGCUGAAAGUGCUGAAGUUUAUCGACAUGCCCGAUGGGUUAGUGAAGAAACUUACGCGAGAUGGACGGGACGAUGAUUACCUGAAAGUGGCACAUGUUCCAGAAGUAUAUCAUGGUUACCGGACAGAUGGGAGAUGGGAUGUCGUCGUGCUCACAAAGGCAUUCGAAUGAGGAGCCUUAAAUAUUCUCAAUGCACGAAAUGAACGGCUAAGCCUAGAAUACAGUAUAACACUUCUCACAAGGUACGAGAAUGAAUGAAAUUCUAGAAAAUAGUUGUUAUUUUGUGAUGAAAGUUUAAACGCAUGGUCUAAGUUUACUAUGGGGUCUGUAAAUGACAUUCCGUAGAUGGUUUGCAUUAUCCUGCAACAUCCCUUUUCCUCAGAGAAGAGGAGUGUCAAGUGGGAUGGUGUAUAUUUAGCUUUGAACUUCUUGGAGUGAAUGCAGAUUUAAGAUGGAAAUCUGCUAUUAUGAGAAACCAAUUACAUGUUUGUCACCACUUUGUGUGAUUAUUUGAAUAUUUCUUUUGCGGGCU